AUGUGCACAAGCAUAGGUUAUGAGAUAGUCUUUGUAUUCUGCUGCAUCAGCUUGGUGAAGUUACGGAUAAAUAAAACUUAUCCAAUAUCUACAAACUCAUGUAAACUGGUGUUGUGCUCAUCAUCCAAUGGCUCUAUAGGAAGUCUAGCCUGCUGCCAGAAACUUCCUGAACCGAGAAGCGUUAAGAGCAACCAGAGGCUGAGACUGCAAGUGACAUGGAAGAAUGUUAAUUACUUACUGUUUGAUCUAGUAGCUGUGGAAAUGGUAACAAAGGCUGAUCACACACGGGGCGACCAGUUUCCUGGUUCCGGGAACGAUCCCAUCAAGGAUGCAUUACCGCAGAUUCUCCACUACUUCGCCAAAGACGAUCCGGCAGAAUACAACUCCACCACCGGUUGCCUGAAUGUUUACAGCAAACUAGGUAUGCACCACAACCUGCUGCUCCAGGAGGCCCUGGAGAAGCUCCAGGACAGGUACCCCGGCAUCACAAUUGUCUACGGCGACCUUUUCAGCCCCAUGAUGGAGAUGGUGGAGUUGCCUGCCAAGUUUCGGCUUGAAGAGAAUAUUCUUACCAUGUGCAGCAGGGCGAUGAUGGUGCAAAUGUAUGCAAGAAACCGUUUGCCUGCCUGUUCUGGGAUGACGUCCACCUGAUGCCAUGGACUCCCCUGCAGCAGAGAGCAGUUAGUAAGAUACUAGAAGCUGAUCAGCCGGACUACCCUUCAAGAGCGGACUACAGCAUCCAGUGAGGCCAGAGCUGGUUCUUCAGGCGUGCUGAUCUCUUGGGAAGGUUUUGCCAUCAACUGUGUGAAAUCUGAGGACGAUUUGACGUCACUUCGUCCUUUUAUCUCCCUUGUUAUUACAGUUUACCUUUUGUCAUGUAAACUGCUGUUUGGGUGAAGCCCCUUUUUGGUUUUUGUAACAACUGUAAGGAAUGUGUGCAUGAAUGGUGUAGAGGCCAUGACUCAUGAGAUUCUCUUUCUAUUAUAUAUUUGAUUUCA